UCGAACCCUCUUCUUUACAGUAGAAAACGUCUCGGUUCGGUCACACGUGUGUGGAGGAAAUCAGGGUUUUUGUUGGAUCGCUGUGCUUUUUCAGUUGGGGGUCCUUAUUCUUCCUUUGUUGUGGCAAUCAUGUUGAAAACCAGUCGAAUAUUGUUACAUUCCUGUCUGAAGAACAAAGUAAUUGGUUCUCGCAGAAGUCAGAAUCUAUUUUCUACAUUGACGAAAUCGAAGAAUUCUUUCAUAAAUGGAUAUAACAGACGAUAUGCGUCAGACAAGGUUAAAGGCCAUGUCAUUGGUAUUGAUUUGGGGACCACAAACUCAUGUGUCUCUAUUAUGGAAGGAAAGACACCAAAAGUCUUGGAAAAUGCAGAAGGCUCACGGACAACUCCAUCUGUUGUAGCUUUCACAAAAGAUGGUGAACGUUUGGCUGGAAUGCCUGCCAAGCGCCAGGCUGUCACUAAUGCCAGAAAUACAGUUUCCGCAACAAAGAGGCUCAUCGGUAGACGAUUUGAUGAUAAAAAUGUACAGAAAGAUUUGUCUUCUGUUUCUUACAAAAUAGUGAAAGCUUCGAAUGGAGAUGCUUGGGUUGAAAUUAAUGGCAAAAUGUUCUCACCAAGCCAAAUAGGAGCCUUUGUUUUGAUGAAAAUGAAGGAAACAGCAGAGAAUUAUCUUGGAACCUCAGUUAAAAAUGCCGUCGUCACAGUACCUGCUUAUUUCAAUGAUUCUCAGAGACAGGCUACCAAAGAUGCAGGCCAAAUUGCUGGUUUAAAUGUGCUGCGUGUGAUAAAUGAACCAACAGCUGCAGCCUUAGCUUAUGGAAUGGACAAAACUGAGGAUAAAGUGAUUGCUGUUUAUGAUCUUGGCGGUGGAACUUUUGACAUCUCCAUUCUAGAAAUUCAGAAAGGUGUGUUUGAGGUGAAAUCCACAAACGGUGACACGUUCCUUGGAGGGGAGGACUUUGAUAAUACACUCAUGACAUUCUUAUUUAAAGAAUUCCUCAGAGACCAAGGAGUAGAUGUGUCCAAAGACAUCAUGGCAUUGCAAAGACUUCGGGAAGCAUCAGAAAAGGCCAAGAUUGAACUGAGUUCCUCCCUGCAGACUGAAAUUAACCUUCCAUAUCUUACCAUGGAUUCUUCUGGUCCAAAACACAUGAAUUUGAAAUUAUCAAGAGCCAAAUUUGAAUCCCUUGUGGAAAACUUGGUGAAAAGAACCAUGGCUCCAUGUCAGAAAGCUCUUCAAGAUGCAGAAAUAAAGAAAUCUGACAUUGGUGAUGUUAUUCUAGUUGGCGGAAUGACCCGUAUGCCAAAAGUUCAAGAAGUUGUCAAAGAUCUGUUUGGUAAAAGUCCUAGUAAAUCUGUGAACCCUGAUGAAGCUGUUGCUAUUGGAGCUGCCAUUCAGGGUGGUGUGUUGGCAGGAGAUGUUACUGAUGUUCUGUUGUUGGAUGUCACACCUCUUUCUCUCGGCAUUGAAACUCUUGGCGGUGUAUUUACCAAACUCAUCAACAGGAAUACAACCAUUCCAACAAAGAAGAGCCAGGUAUUUUCUACUGCUGCUGAUGGUCAAACUCAAGUUGAAAUUAAAGUCCACCAAGGUGAACGUGAAAUGGCGAGAGACAACAAAAUUCUUGGACAAUUUCAGUUGAUCGGUAUACCCCCAGCACCUCGUGGUGUUCCACAAAUUGAAGUUACUUUUGAUAUUGAUGCGAACGGAAUUGUGAAUGUAUCGGCACGAGAUAAAGGCACUGGCAAAGAACAACAGAUUGUCAUUCAGUCAUCUGGUGGUUUGUCGAAAGAUGAAAUUGAAAAUAUGGUUAAGAAUGCAGAGAAGUUUGCUGAAGAAGACAGAAAGAAAAAGGAAAUUGUGGAAGCUGUCAACCAGGCUGAAGGAAUCAUCCAUGACACUGAAUCCAAGAUGGAAGAAUUCAAAGAACAGUUACCUCAAGAUGAAUGUGACAAAUUACGAGAGAAAAUUACCAAUUUGAAGACUGUGUUAGGUAACAAAGACCAAGAAACUGGAGAAAGCAUUAAAUCUGCCACCAAUGAAUUGCAGCAAGCGUCACUCAAGUUAUUUGAAAUGGCGUAUAAAAAGAUGGCUUCUGAAAGAGAAUCCAGCACAAAAACAGAAGAAUCACAAGAGGACAAAGAAAAAACAGAUAAAAAUUAACAUCAUUAAUAUGCUUAUUUAGUAACAUAAUUAAUUUUUUUAAAAAUCUUUGUGAAGACUAUGAUGAUGAUGAUGGUGGUGGUGGUGUAGUCUAGCUGAUCUGCUCACAAAAGGGACUAGAAAGUCUAGUCCGUCCAUUUUUAUCAUCAGUUAGGUGAUUUUAGUGUGAACUGGUUAGAUAACGUGUAAAUAAUUAGAAAUAUAUCACAGGUUCUUAAACCUACCUCCCCACCUCCCCACCAACAAAUUCAUUCUGGACUACAAAGCCAGUUGCAUUUUUGUUUCCCAAACUAUUGUUUCUCUUUAUCUGUAUAUCUGUUAAAAUAAUAUUUGAGCCAUUAUAUAUUCCACUAACAGUUUCCUGGACCUGUAUAAUGGACUUAAAAGACAAAAGGAAGGGAAACCUGUUAGUCGCGUUACAUUGAGAAAAAAAAAUCAUUAAAAGUGAUAAUUUCA